AUGCCACCAUUCACGUUAUACCAGCCUGAAUCGCCGGCGACCCGCCGCCAUAACCCACUCAACGACGUCGAGGACGCACUGGCACUGUGGUGCGCGGGCCCAGGUGUCCGCAUGUCAUCCUUGGUGUUCAAGGUAGAGGCGCGGUUGACCGACCUCCCCUCGACACCGCUUCCACUAGAGCCGAUGCUCGGUGAACUGGAGGACCGACUGAUGGCGCAGUUCUUUGAGGCGUCGUCAAACUCUAUCAGGGGCGAGAGGACACGCGGGGUGGACAACACGCUCCUCCGUUCGCUGUACGGUCGAUACCGCAGGGUGCCGAGCUCCCUCACAGAGGACCAGAGGGCCAUGGUGUGUGCUGCCCUUUGCAUCACCCGGUAUGACGAGCUCCGCCGGACGAUCAUGGACGGUUCGUCUGGCCUGGACACGCCGCGCGAGGAUAUCAUCUACUACCAGAUGGCGAGCGAGGCCCUUCUCAAGUGGACCCACCCGUCGCUCACUGCCGUCUGGGCUAUCUUCUACCUCAUUGUUUACGCCAGGGAGUUGGGUGGGCCCGACGAGACACGCGAGCUCAUUCAACGAUGGGCAUGGCACAUCACCGAGCUGGGGCUGCACCGCGCCGAAACGGCUGAACUGUACCAACCUCACGGCAACGUCCUCGCCCUGUUCUCAGCCUAUUUCUACAGCGAUGUGUUUUUGGCGCACAUGACCAACCUGCGCACUUGCCUGCCGUUCAACGCGUUCGACAUCGACCCGACCCCACCGCCAGGCAUGUUUCCAGAGUGCCUCAACCAAUGCCUGUUCUUCACCGCCAAGUUUCUUGCCGAUUUCGCAAACGAUUCCGUCGACACGCAGUCGCCCGAGUACAUUGCAACAGCAGAGGCAACGUGGAUGCCAAUCAUGCGCGAACUGCGUCACGCCAAAGACACCGAGGGCCCCAAAGUGAAGAUUGCCUGGUCGGCCUGGGCCCAGAUGCGUUACAACUGGCUGCGGUGUCUACUCUACAUUCCCCACAUGCAGCACCCCAUCUAUGCGCCAAACGCGUACACAGCUAUCGCCCGUGCAGUCGAGCAAAUCAUCUACACCUAUGUCGACCUCGUGAGCAUUGACCAGCUCAACACGACAUGGCCACAGUUGCAGCGUCUGGUGAUCGCUGGCCAACUGCUCAUUCUCUGCUAUGACGCUGGCGAGUUUCAUAAACGAGAGGCCCAGACACUCUUCCAGCUCUUGAUCGACAUGCUGCUCCAGCACCAGGGGGCCUGGCCCCAGACCUCGGACCUGAUUGCGGGAUUCAAAUCCGCAGCACAGGUGUUCGGCAUUACCGUCAGCCCCGAUCUGACUUUGCCAUUCGAUCCGCAGUUUGUUGGAAACGCAGACGACAUUCCCUUCUGCCAGUUCCCGUAUGACCUCGGUCUUGACUUUGAAUUCCUCGAGUUCCCUCUCCUGUAG